AUGGGUAAGAGAGAGUACACGGCAGUGGGAUCACGACUGGCACGUCUCGAACCUGAGCUGCCACUUCCAGCCUCCGUACCCGACGAAUCCAUUGUUGAUAGAUCCCAUUCCAUCCUACGAGGACCCUCCAAAGUGGAAGAGCCAGCCGUACCACGUCGACCGCUGCUGCAAUGGGUCCAGGGCAGGCACUGCCCACCCCGGCCUCCUUGGCUCGACGUCGCUGCUGCAGAUCGCGAGUCGCCGCUGACAGUACCACCAGCCGUUCGUGUCGCCGGGAGAGAUUUUUCGCAUCCGACCCGCAAAUCGGGCUCACCUGUGCUCUUCACACGAGAUGUUGGAUCUGGGGCGUUCUGUCCGUUUUCUCAGGUGGCGGAACCCGGGAACGGAACCGGAAACGUCAAACGCUGCAACUGCUCGUGCGGCAUCGGAGAGAUAGGGAAGUACGGGAAGAUCGUGAACGGCAGAGAGACCGAGAGGGGGGAAUUCCCCUGGCACGUGAGAAUCCUCGGAGAACGAUUUCAAUGCGGCGGGGCCGUGAUCAACAGCCGGUACGUCCUGACGGCCGCUCACUGCGUGGCAGCCGAGAGCCCCGACUCCCUGUGGGUCGUCGCGAGAGAGCACGACCGGGACGACCCCGACGACCGGGCCACCCUCAAGCUGAGGCCCGACGAGAUCGAGAUCCAUUCGGAAUACGUGAUGAAGACCUACGAGAACGACAUCGCCCUCCUGAGGCUCGACCAGACCCUUCCCUUCAACGGAACCGAGAAGACCGUCCCCAUCUGUCUCCCGGAACCUUCCGAUCCCGCCACCGACGGACGAGCCCACAAAAGCCCGAUGCAGCCGUGCCGCUUGGGUACGGAUCGACGAGACGAAACUCGGUUCUUCCCUCUCCUUCCUUUAGAGAAGGAUUACGCGAACGAAAUCGGCGUGGUGACCGGAUGGGGCUGGACCCGCUGGCAGGGCAGCGAGUCCAACGUCCUCCUCAGAGUGGAGGUUCCCAUCAUGUCGAACGACGAUUGCAAGACCAAGACCCGGUAUGAGGCCGAGGAAAUCUUCGACUCGAUGCUCUGCGCUGGAUACAUGGAAGGAGGGAAGGACUCGUGCAAGGGCGACAGCGGUGGUCCCCUCCACCACACGGCACCGAGCGGGAGGCAAUUUUUGAUCGGAAUCGUCUCGUGGGGGGUGGGCUGCGCACAGCGUGACUUCCCGGGGGUCUACACGAGGGUCACCAAGUAUUUGAAGUGGAUCGAGGAGAACACCCCGGAGGGAUGUUACUGCGAGAGGGAGGCGCAGUCCGGAGCGAACUCCUUCCGUGCUUCCAACCUGCAUCUCGUCCUUUUGGCUUUCUGGCUGUUUUCAUCUGCCUCGCGAUCGCUGGAAGAACUUUUCGAGAGAGCACUCAAUGAGAAUAUCAUUGUUUUCUUGGGAACUGGAACUGGAAAAACUUACAUUGCUCUCAUGCUCACCAAACGCAUUGCUGAACAGGAGCACAUACUCAGACCUGAUGGGAAGCGAGUCAUAUUUGUUGCGAACAGCAGAGUAUUGGUGCAGCAGCAAGCAGAGUAUUUUAGAACUCAUCUCCCUCAAAAUUUUGAGGUGAACUUCUAUCUUGGGAGUCCAGCCAUUGAUAUGUGGAAAGGAGACAAGUGGCAAAAAGAAUUCAAAAAGCAUCAUGUCAUGGUGUUCAGUGCCCAAGUUUUUGCAAAUGUCUUGAAUCAUGCUUACUUCAAGAUGAAUCAAGUCUGUCUUCUCGUUAUGGAUGAGUGUCAUCGAACUGUGGAGAGACAUCCAUAUGCUGAGAUCAUGAGACACUUGAAUAUGUAUGAGAAAUCAGAAUGGCCAAGAAUCCUUGGACUUACUGCAUCUGUGCUCAACAGCAAAGAAAAACCACAUUCUGUAAUCAAGAAGAUGAGGAAACUGGAGGCCAUUAUGGCUGCAAGAGUUGCAACACCUAUGGACAUGGAAAAUGCUGCAGGCUUUGGCACUAAGACCAAUGAAGUCAUAGUGAGCUGCUUUGACAUGGGAAACCUCGAAGAGAUUGGGAUCAAUGCCAUCAAGGAGACUGGAGAGGCUCUUCUUAGAAAACUGACAGAAAUAAAGAAGAAAAUCACCACAAGUGCCAGGGAUAUGCCUGAUAUUUAUCACAUGAUAGAUGAGCAGGGGAGGAAUCCAGCAAAGGAACCCAUGGCAAUUAUUAGAGAAUUUCUCAGAACACUUGAAGAAUCAGGAGUUUGGUUUGCCUGGAAAGCUACUGAAGUGAUUAUCGCAAUCAUUGGAGAAAGAUCCAACCCACAAGAGGUAGCACGUAUGUAUGAUGUGGUAGUCAAAUACCUGAAGAAGGUUCGGCAAGUUUUGGGGAAUAUCUUGUUGCAGACAGGACAAGAUGAGUUGAACCAAUGUCUGAAGUUAUCCAGUGGGAAACUGAAGCGUGUUGUGGAGUUACUCAAGCUGUAUUCUCCUCUCAGUGAUACUGAGAUUGCCACUCCCAGAGCAUCUUUGGAUGCAAAUAACUUACGAGGAAUAAUCUUCGUUCAACGUCGCUUUACUGCUCGAAUGGUCUAUGAAUUCCUGUUGCAUAUGAAGAGGAAUGAUCCAGAUCUGGAUUACUUGGAACCCCAAUACAUUGUGGGGAAUAAUGAUACAUUCCUAAUGUCAGAAACAGUGAUGAAUGAAGAGCAAGCAAAGGCUGAGGAGGUCAUGAAACGUUUCCGGUGUGGGGAGGUCAAUCUCAUGGUGGCAACAAGUGUAUUGGAGGAGGGCUUGGAUGUACCCCAGUGCAACUUGGUGGUGAGAUACGACCCACCCAUGGACUUCAGGGCUUAUGUACAAUCCCGAGGCAGAGCUAGGUCAAAGGUCAAUGCUCAUUACAUCCUCUUGACUGAGCAUUCAAAACUGAAGGAUUUUACAGAUGCAGUUCGCUUGUACCAUGAAGUGGAAGCUUUCCUACAAGACCUGGUUGAGCAAGACCUGGAUGAUCCAGAAGAGGAUAUGGCUUCAGAGGCUCUAGAACCCUUCCGUCCAUUUGGGAAUGUUACUCCCCAGGUCACCUGUGUUUCAGCAGUAUCUCUUAUUCACCAAUACUGCCAAGUCCUGCCAUCAGACUCCUUUACUCAACUUGCUCCAACCUGGUUACUCCUGGCAUUUCGUAAGCAUGGAGAAGAAUACCACCCAAUCACACGACAAGAACUUCUGGAGGCACUCAAAUUGGAAACACAAAUCCAUCGCUACCAGGAUGAUGAUACUGUAUUCAUGGACACUGCAGUUGAUUAUGCUCUUUUGGGCAAGGCCACUCCUCCAGAUAUUUUCUAUAGCUACAAGCUAUUUCUUCCCAUGAAUUCUCCUGUACGGGAAGUCAUUCAGGGUGACAUAUUCAAGAAGCGCAAGAUUGCCAAAGCUCACUGUGCCCUGAAGGCCUGUAAGAGACUGUAUGAAACUGGAGAGCUGGACCGAGAGCAUAUCCGUCCCAUAAAAGUGACAUUUGAUGAAUCAGAGGAUGAAGAUGAGCAGGAGGGUGAGGGGAAAAAAGGGAAAAGAGGUACCAAGUCUCAUAAAAAGUAUUAUGAAAAGAAGACCUGUGAAGCUCUCCAGGACUGCAUACCAGAAGUGGGACAGGAAAGCCACCUGUACAGAUUCUGUUUCCUCUUGAAGGAUAAGCUGGACCUUGGCCCCAGUCACAAAAUCAGGGAUCCCUCUCAGUGUCCUUUCUCUUGUGGGAUGCUGACCUCCAAACCACUUCAUCAGGUGAAUCCCUUUCUAUUGUAUACCAAAAAUGGAGAGGAAGAGGUAAUUCUGGAGGAUUUGGGCAAGGUGAUCCUUUCAGGAGAGGAACACAGGGAUGCCCUAGCAUUCCAUCGCUUCCUCUUUGAAGAUGUGAUAGAAUGUGGGAAAUUUCCGGCCCAAUUUUCACCACAGUCUUCAUGGGGUCCCAUCUGCACUGUAAUCGAGAAUGGGAGAGUGGCUUGGGGAAUCAUAUAUUCUGCUCUGAAAACAAUGGAUGUGGCACACAAAUUCAUCCCUCAGUCCAUGGGUGUCACUUCAAAAGAAACUGAAUUGGAAGAUGCAGUACUUGUGUCUACAUACACUCCAUACCAACGAAGAUAUUUUGUAAACAGAGUGUGCCAUGAACUGAACCCUUCAUCCACUUUCCCAAAGGAAGAGUUCAACACUUACUCAUCCUAUUAUAAGAUUAAAUAUGACUGCCUUAUCCAAGACCAGACACAAGCUCUCUUGGAAGCAGAACCUGCAACACGCACUGUGUUUCUUCUCAAUCAGAGAUUCUUGGAUGACAUGGAGGAGAUUCCUGAUUUGUCAAAAAGUGCCAAGAAAAAACAGAAGAAUGCACGAAGGUUAGAGGAUAAUGUACAUCUUGUUGGAGAGCUGAUGGCCAUACACCCAUUGAGUGCAGGGCUUUACAUGCAAGUCCUUGCUCUACCAUCCAUCCUGCACCGAAUAGAUGGAAUCGGAAGAGCCUCUCUCAUUGCUUCUGUCAUUUCAUGCAAUGCUUCAGUUCACUCCUUGCCAAUGGGACAUGCAAGUGCUAGAAAGGUGUGGCCAAUGGUUAUUGACCUACCCAAGAAGUUUGACUUCGAGCUUCCAUAUUUGGAUGCUGAGAUAGUUCUUGAGGCCAUUACCUCUGCUAAAGCCCAUGAGAAAUUUAGUCUUGAGAGAUUGGAAAUGCUUGGGGAUUCUGCACUCAAGUUCUUAGCUACAAUCUCAGUGUAUAAUGAGCAGUGUCCUGAGGGUCUCCUCACCAAGAAAAGGAUGAAGCUGGUCUCAAAUAAAACUCUGUGCAAGUGUGCAGACGAGGUCAGAUUUGGAUCCACUCAGCUGCCUGAGUUGCUCAGCUAUGAACAGCUGAGCCCUCGAGCCACAUGGCUCCCACCCUUGUAUGACACUCCUAAAAACUUGGAGGAAGGUCUCAUCAAGAGUGACAAAGAGGCGUCUGACUUCAAAGCUUCCAUCAUCCAGGGCUUGGAUAUUGAAGGAAAAGGGGAGAAUGAAAUUGCUCAGAUGUUCAUAUCUGCUGUGGAGAAUGUUGGUGGAGCAGGAGAUGCAUCAUCUAAGGACACAUUCCAUCUUAUGAGACAUCAUCAGAUUGGAGAUAAAGCUAUUGCUGAUUCAAUUGAAGCUCUGAUAGGAGCUUACUUGUUGAGAGGUGGACUGAGUGGAGCAGCUCAGGUGCUGAAAUUCUUUGGCUUGACUGUGGAAAAUCCAGAAACUUUGUUGAAUGAAGAUCCCCUGUUGGACAAAAAUUGGAAAUUGCUUCCUCUUCUCUUGGAUGAUGUUUGUGGAAUUCAGAAAUUCCUGGGGUACAAGUUCAUGAAUCCCCAUUACCUGUUACAGGCCUUGACUCAUCCUUCCUGUACCAGAAACAGGGCCACCAGGUGCUACCAGCGCCUUGAGUUCCUUGGUGACUGUAUUGUUGAUUUCCUGAUCACUGCCUGGCUGUAUGAUUUGGAUGAGCAGUUGGAUCCAGGCCAGUUGACCGACCUGAGAUCAGCUCUGGUCAGCAAUUGCACUUUGGGAACCAUAGUAGCCAAAAACAAGUUUCAUACCCAAUUGUUGCACCAUUCUCCAGCUCUUCACCGUGCCAUUGAAAGCUUCAUCAGAGCUCAGGAGGAUAACAAAUGGGAGCUUGAUCAAUGGAGCUUGAUUGGUGAAGAAGACACUGGAGAAGUGAAAGAUAUAAAGGUGCCCAAGGUCUUGGGUGAUGUGUUUGAGAGUCUUGUUGGUGCCAUAUUCCUUGACUCUGGACUAUCUCUACAGAAAGUUUGGUAUUGCAUCUAUCCCUUGAUGAAGGAUAAGAUUGAAUCAUAUGUCAAAGACACUCCCAAGCAUCCUAUCAGGAAGCUGCAUGAAAUGCUUGCCCCUGCUCAGCCACAAUUUGAGAUAAAGAUAGUGGAGGUAGCCUUGAAGGCAAAUGGAGCAACAUACAAAGGGAAGGGGAAGAGCAAGAAGCGAGCUGAAAUGGUGGCUGCCAAGAAGGCUCUGCAACACCUGAUGAUACGGCGGAAAAUCCUGACAAAUCGUCCUAUCAACCCUUGCAUGCGUUUUUAGGUCAUUUGCCACCAGCCUCCGGAGCUCCUAGCUGUUUGCAUUUCUAUGCUUUUUCCUUUUUUUUUGCAUUUCUAUGCUUUUGUCAUUUCUGCAGUGUUUUAUCACUAAAAAAAAUCAAGUGGUGGAUGCUGGGAACCUUGAAGGUGAUGAAACUGUAGAGACUACAUGCAGAGUUCACCAGAGCAAUUGAUUCUUCUAACUCUAUCACAUUGAUAAUAUGCUUGCAGUGAAUUUGUGAAAGAACAUCAUCUGAAAAACAUUCAGUAACAUGAGUUUAUUUUCUCUCUUCAUCACACAGGGUGGCUCAGCUCCCCAGUUCUAGUUAUCAGUAAGCCUACUGUACUUUUGUUGAAUGAGAUGACAUUGGAACAUCUUUUGGACAUUUUCUUCCAAUAUCAAUCCAGAAUAUGCUCAACAGGCAUUAGAACUAAAUGUUUAUUGGACUUGCACUACCAAUGACAAGCUAAACAUAACUGCUUCUAAACUUGGUGGUUGUUGCAGAAUUCUGACAUUUUAUCAAAUUGAAUUAGGUCAAAGCAGUAUAUGAUCAGCAAUGUUUGCAUCCCAAGAAUAACUUUGCAUAUGUUUGACAAGGACUGAAGUAAAUAACUGUGAGCUGAUGGCUAACAACUCAAACACCUUACUUGUUCUGAGUUAUGGAUUAACUCUUCAGAUUCCAGAAGGACAAUGCUGACAAUUCCCUUAGCAUAAGAGACAGUGCAGAUAAUAUUUUUUAGAAAAAUUGUUCCUUAUGGUAAUGGUCAAGGUUUCCAAGUCGCCCAGUAUAUUUAUACUUUUUAAAAUUUUUUGUUUGUUUCAGCCUUUCAUUCUGGUAAUGGAAGACUUUGGAUUGGUUCCAUUUCUUUUUUUUUUCCCAGGGAAACCUAUUGUAAUUCUUUAUUUUUAUAGCAUGAAAUAUCAUAUUCAGUUGUGAUACUUGAACCAGCAGAAAGAUGUGUGAUUAUGAGCUGUGAUUCUUAUCUCAUGUAAAUUUGUGUCUGGACUGUCAUUCUUCAUGUGAAGCUGGAUAAUGUGUGGUUAAAGAGCUUGCUAUCAGCAAAAGCUUUCUUUUCAUUCCACUCCCCUCCCCUCCCUCCCUAUCAUAAAACUGUUCUUACUCUUUUGGGUGGGACCCCUUUCCAAGAAGGAAAGAGGCUGUGUUCAUUCCUAUUUCCUAUAUUGUAAAAUAUCUCCUAUUUCUGCACAAAGUCAGUGAGAAUUGAUGUUCAGAUAGAAGACCCAAGUUACAGGGUAAUUUCAUUUCUGGCAGCAUCUGUAUCACCAAAAAAAAUAUUUUAUAGCAAAUAUUGCAUUUUGAAAUUUCCUCAAUGUGAGAGGCAUCAGCAACUUCAGCUUCAUGAAUCUUGACCCAAUGCACCAGUAUGGGCCUCAACUUUUAUCAUGUCACUGACAAGAACUGCUAGUUAAUCAUGCAGUGCCAUACAUGGCAGCCAUUCGUAUUUGGCCCAUCAUUGAUCUGGGACUUGCUCUGUUUUUCAGCCUUUCAUGUUGAGGGUUUCACUUUGAUCAUUUCUUUUGAGUUUUUACUAGAGCAUUUUUAGUGAUGGGUUUCAGCCUGGGCAUUUCUUGUCAUGAGUGAACUUUUCAUUCAGGGUGUGCAAUUUCUCUGUGUGAUAAUCCUAAGUAGUGCCUUUACUUAAGUGCCUCAUUCAGUAUCCUCAUAUAUACCUUUUUAUGCUGCUUCACGCUAUGCUUUGAUGCAAUUAUUACGUGGCCUAUUCAAGCUAAGAUGUUUUCAUCACAUGACAGAGUUGAAAUAUGUCUCCUAGAUGAAUCUUCUGGAUUGGUGAAUAAAGUUCUAUUCAUUCUGAG